AUGGUAAACAAUGUCUCUCUUGUGACCGGUGCAAGCGGAUUCAUCGCUAGCCAUGUGAUUCAGCAGUUACUCGCAAAGGGCGACCAAGUGCACGCCACGGUCCGCAGCACCAAAAACAAUAAGAAGAUCAAGCAUCUUUUGGACAUGCAGGAGCGAUGGCCCGGCAAGUUGACUUUGUUCGAAGCCGAUUUGCUUGUGGCAGGCUCAUUCGAAGCUCCAAUGAAGGGCUGCUCGGUGGUGCAUCAUAUUGCCUCGCCUUUCUUCAUCGAGAACAAAAUUCGCGACGGCCAGAAAGAGGUCGUUGAGCCGGCUUUCAAGGGAACGCAGCAUGUUCUUCAAGCAGUACAGAAAUGCGAGACUGUCAAAGUCGUUGUCUUGACAUCAUCUGUGGUAGCCAUGUUUGGCGAUAAUGCUGAUGUGCUCGAUAUGAAGAACAAAACCCUCUCCGAGCAGUAUUUCAAUACGACUAGCACGGUUCAGCACAACGCUUACCCGUGUUCUAAGGUCCUCGCUGAAACGGAGGCCUGGAAGCUGUACGAAGGGCAACCAAAUCCCCCGUGCUGGAAGCUAAUGACCAUCAAUCCAGGCCUCGUCUUGGGCCUAUCCUUAUCUCCAGCCUCCGAGUCCGGUAGCUUAUAUUUGCUUGACCAGCUCCUCCGCGGCCAGCUAUUCUUGGGGGUGCCGGAUCUAUGGUUCGCAAUUGUUGAUGUGCGAGAAGUCGCAACUGCCCAUAUUCAAGCUGCCCAGACCCCAGGCUGCCAUGGACGCUAUAUCUUGGCCGACAGCAAGACACACGGCUUUGUGGAGCUUGCUCGCAUCCUACGAUCAAUAACUCACUCUUCUCGAAUUCCAAAAAACACUCUCCCAAAUGCUCUGGUGCGAUUAUCUGGACCGGUGCUCGGCUUCAGCCAGAAAUGGCUGAGACUGAACCUGGGAAUCCCUUUUGAAAUCGACACUCAACGCAGCUUGGAUCAAUUGAAGAUCGUCUAUAGGCCUCUAGAGGAGACAUUGACGGACCAUUACUGGUCCUGGAAAAGUGCUCGGAGCCUAUCACACUAG